GAAAGUGAAAAAUCUGAAACAUUGGAAAAUUUCAGUGUUGUGGACUGAGUAUACAUACAAAAGUACCGGAAGAAAGCUCCCGUAUUUCAGCGUGGGCAAGCUCUUCUUGCCUUCUUCCAGCUCGGAAAUAUCUUCCCUGCAAAAGAAAGCUUGCUUUUUGAAGAGAAGAGGAACAAGCUACAGGAGAGGAGAGGAUCCCGGAAAAACAGUGGAAGAGAAGGAAAAAAAGUUGUUCUUUUGCGGUUCUGGCUCAGGAGGCGGCGAGGAGAUGGUGAGGAGGCGGCUGCGGCUGCUGCUGCUGCUGCUGCUGUUCUUGUGCUGCCUCGCUGGAUCAAGAAUCGCUUCUGCUGACACCAACCCGCAAGAUGCCGCUGCACUCAAAUCUUUGAUGAAGAGAUGGAGAAAGAGUGUGCCUACAAGCUGGAGGAAAUCAAAUGAUCCUUGUGCGAGAUGGGAUGGAGUUACCUGUAAUGCGAACUCAAGGGUUACAUCACUGAAUCUAUUCGGUAUGAACUUGAAAGGAACUCUAAGCGAUGAUAUUGGAAACCUGACUGAGCUGACGGUCUUGGACUUAUCCUCAAACAAAGACCUUGGUGGUAAACUUCCAGCGGCUAUUGGGAACUUGGUUCAGCUUAAAAUCUUAGCACUAAUAGGUUGCAGUUUCAGCGGUAAUCUUCCGAGCGAACUAGGGAACCUGUCACAACUUGAUUUCUUCGCUCUAAACUCCAACCAAUUCACUGGCAUAAUUCCUCCCUCAUUGGGCAAGCUUUCUGAGGUUACCUGGUUAGACCUUGCAGAUAACCAGUUGAUUGGACCAAUCCCAAACUCGAGGGACCAUGGAACUGGAUUUGACCAGCUACUUAAGGCAGAACACUUCCAUCUCAACCAAAAUAAGCUGCAAGGUUCGGUCCCAGAUUAUCUAUUCAACUCUAGCAUGAACCUCAAGCAUAUACUUUUUGACAGGAACAACUUUAGUGGAUCAAUACCAUCAUCUAUUGGGGUACUUCCAAAGCUUGAAGUACUCCGUUUGAAUAACAAUGCAUUCACGGGCCAAGUUCCUGCUAUGAACAACCUGACUAAGCUCCAUGUUUUAAUGCUCUCAAAUAACAAGCUCAGUGGACUGAUGCCUAAUUUGACUGGAAUGGGUGAGCUCGAAAAUGUGGAUCUAAGUAAUAACAGCUUUGUGCCUUCUGAUGUUCCAAGUUGGUUCUCAGGAUUGGAGAAGUUAAUAACGCUAAGAAUGCAGUCUGUUGGUCUUUCUGGGCAACUGCCGCAGAAGCUUUUCAGCUUUCCUGAGUUGGAACAUGUAAUACUAAGCGAUAAUCAACUGAAUGAAACGCUUGACAUGGGCAACAAUGUCAGCAAACGACUCAAACUUGUUGACAUCCAGAAUAACAAAAUUGCGUCAGUUACAUUGUACAACUACCUCAAAGGAGACAUGCUCAAGCUUACAGGAAACCCGCUCUGCAAUGAUUCAGUUCUGUCGAGCACGAUGCCCUGCACUGGCCAGCUAACUGAAUAUCGAACACAACCUCCUCCUCUCCCUGAUGUGCAGUGUUCAGAUCCUUUUAUAGAAACCAUCGUCUUCAGAGCUCCUUUCUUUGGCGAUGUCACUAAUUACCUUGAAAUCCUGCACGAUAACCUGUCAAGCAAACUAAAAGGCUGCACCCCAAACAACCUAGGCCUGGUGCCCUCAAACGAUAAUGCAUAUCUGAACGUGGAUAUUAAAGCAUGCCCAGUAAACCAAAAGAGAUUUAACUACUCCCAGGUGCUAAAAUGCUUCAAUCUAACCCUUCAGACUUACAAGCCACCGGAGAUUUUUGGACCUUACUAUGUGAAGGCACACCCUUAUCCGUUUCAUGACAAAACUUCUCGAGCUGUGUUAAUUGGUGUUGUGACCGGAUCCGUUCUCCUGGUUAUCGGGCUUGCACUCAUUGGAGUUUAUGCUGUGCGGCAAAAGAGACGGGCUCAAAAGCUUGUUUCUAUCAAUGAUCCUUUUGCAUCAUGGGGAUCCAUGGGACAAGAUAUCGGUGAAGCACCGAAAAUCAAGAGUGCUAGAUGCUUCAAACUGGAAGAUCUCAAGUUGAGUACCAAUGAUUUCCGAGAGAUUAACGCAAUUGGCGCAGGAGGAUAUGGAACGGUGUACCGAGGAAAACUUCCUGAUGGACAACUGAUAGCUAUCAAAAGGUCUAAGCAAGGGUCGAUGCAGGGUGGGCUUGAGUUCAAGACGGAAAUCGAGCUCCUUUCUAGAGUUCACCACAAGAACUUGGUUGGUCUUGUUGGUUUCUGCUUUGAGAAGGGAGAAAGGAUGCUUGUUUACGAGUUCAUACCUAACGGAACACUAAGUGAAGCCUUGUAUGGUAUCAAAGGAGUACAAUUGGACUGGAGUAGGAGACUUAAGAUAGCUCUAGAUUCAGCUAGAGGGCUAGCGUACCUCCAUGACCAUGCCGAUCCCCCAAUCAUUCACAGAGAUGUGAAGUCCACCAACAUCCUCUUGGACGAGAGGAUGACCGCAAAGGUCGCAGAUUUUGGCCUCUCCUUAUUGGUAUCCGACAGCGAGGAAGGCCUGUUCUGCACCAACGUCAAGGGAACACUGGGAUACCUGGACCCAGAGUACUACAUGACGCAGCAGCUCACGGCGAAGAGCGACGUGUACAGCUUCGGCGUGGUUCUACUGGAGCUCAUCGUGGCGAAGCCGCCCAUACACAAGCAGAAUUACAUCGUCCGGGAGGUGAAGACGGCACUCGACAUGGGAGACCAGAUGUACUGCGGCCUGAGGGAGGUGAUGGACCCAAUCCUUCAGAAGAGAGGUGAUCUCCGUGGCUUCGUGAGGUUCUUGAGGCUGGCACUGCAGUGUGUGGAGGACCUGGGAGCUGACCGGCCAUCCAUGAACACCGUCGUCAGGGAGAUCGAGGUGAUAAUGCAGGAGAAUGGAAUCAGAACCGGCACGUCGUCGGCGAGCUCGUCGUUCAGCAUCGACUCGAGGACGACGAUGAUGGCUGCGCCCAGGUACCCGUACUCCAACGCAUCGACGUCGUCGACGACGUUUGAUAUGGACAGCAGCAGGGCCUUCGAGUACAGUGGGAUGUUCCCUUCUGAAGGCAGCCUGAAGAACAGGAGCACGUAGGAACAGUAUAUGUACAGGAUGGAAGGCCGGUUCAGAAUAGCAGAUUUUACAAAGAGAUAAUAGGAUAAUAGGAUCAAACUACGUACAAUGUACAGAGUUUCAUGAACUUCACAAUUCUUUGUAGUGUUGGGAGAGAAGAGAAAGGAGCAGGUUUAUUUAAUUUUAUUUUAUUUUUCCCAAAAGAAACGUCUAGGAGUUAACCAUGUGAAUAUAUAGCUUGCCUUUGUUCAAUGAUAAAAUCAUCAAAGUUAGCAUGGCAAGGGAUUGUACAUUAACGUUGGAAAUGGCUUCAUACGUAACUUUAUGUAAAAAAGGGGUAACUUUAGACCUGUUAAUUAUUGUAUAAUACUAAGAAUA